UUUAUUAGAAUAAUAGAAUUAGCCAGAGCCUAUUAGAGUGUCCACUAUUUUCGUAUUACCGAAUUCAAUAACGGUACAUUAAAUAUUAUAAAUUGAUAAUAAAAUUAAGUUUAAAGUUUACCUAUUAUGGAGGCUGAACCUACUCAUAAUGAGCAAACUUCAGAAUCUCCAUCGGGUAAUAAUGAAGAUAAAUCUAUUGCCGAGGAACUAAGUCCAACUGCUAACGGACCGGUGGCGGCUCCUGCUACUACUAGCGACCUAGCUACAUCAUCAGUUCAGCCUAAUGCUAAAGAUACUCCUAAAGCAAUCUCAAAAAAGCCUAAAAAAAGGAAACCCAAAGUACCUCGCGAUGUCACAGCACCCCGUCAACCCCUAACAGGAUAUGUACGAUAUUUAAAUGAGAGACGUGAUCAACUGCGUGCUGAACAACCAGAUCUCGGAUUCGCAGAAUUAACUCGGCAGCUAGCUAGUGAAUGGAGCAAGCUACCUGCUGAGGAAAAACGACAGUACUUAAAUGCCGCAGACCAAGAUAAAGAAAGAUACAUCAAAGAAUGGGCUGAAUAUAAGAAGACUGAUGCUUAUAAAGAGUUCAGACAAAAACAACAAAUGGAACACAAAGAUCCAAUUGUAUCAAAAAAAGUAAAACAAAAUCUACCAGAGAACCCCACACCAGCUGUGGAAAAGGUACCAGCAGCUACAGAACAACCUACUGCUGCAACUACAAAUGUAAGUGCUCCAUCUGCACCCGUAAUUGUACCAAGGCAGCAAACUCCACCUCGUCCAAGACCUUGUAUUACUCCAGCUUCAGGUGAAGAUGUUAAUGGUGGGGACACAGACAUACCUAUAUUUACAGAUCAAUUUCUGCAACAUAACAAACUGAGAGAAUCUGAACUUCGCCAGUUGAGAAAAGCCAAUUCAGAUUAUGAACAGCAAAAUGCUAUCCUACAAAGACAUGCUGAGGAAGUCAGUGGCGCCACAUCAAAGCUGCGUGCAGAAACAGCAGCCGCCGCAGAACGCACUGCCGCGCUUUUAACGCAUCGUCGCGCACUUGUGGCGGCCUUAGUCCAGGCAUUGCAGGCAGUUGCUAUUCCAGGUGGACCAAAUGGGGCUACUGAGCAAAACAUUGAUGAAUACAUGGAGAAAUUGCAAGGAUUAGCAGCUGAUGGAAAGAACACUGCAGUAGUGAAACAAGCUCGCGAUAUUCUCAAUAGAAUAGAAUUGCCCAUUAAUUAAAACUAAUUUAUUACUAUGUGUAUGUGUUAGUUCAACAUAACAUUGUAGCAGAAUUAAGAAAAUAAAUUGAGUAUUAUCAG